AGAAGAGAGGGAACGGCAGGGUCCGUCAGGAAUGCCUGGGUUUGGAGGAGGUGGUUUUCCCGGCAUGGGCGGUUUUCCAGGCAUGGGCAGCUUUCCUGGCGGGGCAGGCGGCGCAGCCGGUGGAAUGCCAGGAGGGAUGCCCGGAGGGUUCCCAGGCGGGAUGCCCGGAGGGAUGCCUGGUGGAAUGCCAGGAGGGAUGCCAGGAGGGAUGCCUGGAGGGAUGCCCGGAGGGAUGCCAGACAUCAACAAAAUCAUGUCAGAUCCAGAAAUCAUGGCUGCUUUCCAGGACCCGGAAGUCUUGGCCGCAUUCCAAGAUGUUAGCCAGCACCCUGAGAACCUGGCCAAGUACCAGAGCAACCCUAAGAUCGCCAACCUCAUAGCCAAGAUGUCCACUAAGUUCGGAGGUCCAGGAGGGGGUCCAGGAGGACCUCCAGGGGGCCCCCCUAUGGGAGAUCCCCCUGCAGACCCCCCAGCAGGGGAACCCCCAGUCGACGACGGACUAGACUAGACUAGACUCGAUCGGGACAAACAUUCUCUUGUGUAAGAGGUUAAAAAUGAUGUUUAGAUAGUUUUUAUGCAGUAGUUGUCCUCUCUGAUUGUGUAGGAAUGACCUGAUCAUCAGGAAUGUUGACCUUGGUAAAAUGAAGGUCACCUUGAAACAGCCCCUACGUAGACUUUCAUGACCCUGUAGUACUACUCGGAAUUACUGCUUGGACUUAUUCACAACCCAACUUUGGACAAUCAGAAUAUGUACAAGGUAAGGUGUAAACUAAGGAUACUUACUUUUUGUUUUGCACAGGAUGUUUUUUUUUCACGCUAAAUUGCCUUGAUACCUUG